GCACUUUUUAACCCAUGUAAAAACCUAACCUCAAACAACGUAAACAAUCGAAGAGGAACCAAAGUUUCGGUUCCGGUGUAGUUUAAAUUUUUGAAUCGUUAUUGUGCUUUCAGCAUGAAUUUUUCACGCUGAUCCUCAAAUUCAUCAUAAAUUCAUUGUGGAAAGUCGCAGAUCACUCCACCCCGUAUUUUGUAGAUGCUAAAUUUUACCGCGUAACAAUGAUUACCCUGCUGAAAUCAUACACAACCAGACUCAAGGAUGACGUGAAAACGAUGGUAGAGAACUUUGAAGAAAUAAUCAGACUGGCUAAAGGUGAACAUGAAACUCAACUUUCUAGAAUGGCACAGUGUGAACAAGACACCUUUGAGAUGCAUGUGCGCGCUGCAAACAUCGUCCGAGCAGGCGAAUCAUUAAUGAAGCUUGUUUCAGAUAUCAAGCAGUACCUAAUUUUAAACGAUUUCCCAUCUGUGAAUGAUGCAAUUACUCAAAAUUCAAAACUAUUCCGUAAUAAGCAAAAUGAGUGUGAUCAGAAAUUAAUGAAUCUCAGGGACGAUAUGGCUGCUGAUUUAUAUGAUUUAGAGGAAGAAUAUUAUACCUCCAUUGUAAAAUGAGAUUUUUUCAUCUGUAUUGCUGUUUCAUACGCAUUUUUUCUCAGCCUUUCGUCCAAAUAUGUGUCUAUCUUAACUGGAAAUUUACAUAAUUUAAGGAAGAUGUCUGGGAUGUCUUCUCUUGUUUACUCUCUCUACCAAAUAUUUUUUUUUUCUUUGAUUACCUGAAUUUUUGAGUGUUUUAUUAAAUAUGAUUUUGUCAGUUGUUAGCUUGAAAUAUAGGUAAGCAAUACAUUUUUAAAGAAAUUUAUUGUAUCAUUCUCUAAAAGCACUGACACUCAUUGAGUAGCUAUAAACCUAGACACAAUUUUUCCGUUUCAUUUUAUUGGCAAGAAGAACUCAGUCAGGAUACCCAACGAUUACUUAUGUUAGUUCCUAGUCUAAGUGUUGAUCCAAACCCUCAAAAUUGAACGUCACCCAGUCAACUCCCAAGAAAUUGUCUUAAAUUUUCUCAUUCAGAAUUCAUUGUAGGUAGCUGUCAAUUGUUUUCUUGGAGAAACUAUUCUGAAGAAAUCAUCAUUAUUCCAGGAAUAUUUUUAUAUUUAGGAUUGAUAUCAUUGAUCCGAAGAGGAUCAAGUCAUUUUGCUUUUUUUCACCUUAGUACAGGAUAAAGGAACAAAGGUACCGAAUGGAAUAUUUAAUCAGAAAAAUAAAAAUGGUUCUUGUUGAAUGAGAA